UGUGUGUGUGGUGCGGCUCUGGCCACCCACAUAGCGCUUCCCGCAGCACAGCACCACUACAAGCACUACGAGCAUAAAGAUGGCCACCGCUUGCGAUAUUUCGUUCGAUGAGAUGGCCAUGGCCUUGAGCUACAUUUCCCUUGGUGGCACCGCGGCGGCACCAGCGAGCUCCGCGCGAGGGUUGCCAUCCUUGGCACCAGUGAAGCAGGAGAAGAAGGCCGCCAAGAAGCCCGAGGCGGACGACGAGGUGGACAACCUGUUCGAUGACGACGAGAACGCCGCGCCCGCGAAGAAGGAGGAGUCGAGAGCCGACAAGAUGGCAGCCGCCAAAAAGGCCAAGGACGCAAAGAAGAAGAUAGACAGGUCGCAGAUCGUGUUCGAAGUGAAGCCGUGGGACACAGAGACGGACCUCAAGGAGUUGUUUGGGAAGAUUUGUGCGACGGAGAUCGAUGGCCUUGUCUGGGGAGAGGCGCACAAGCUUGUGCCGGUGGCAUUCGGCGUGAAGAAGUUGGUGCUUUCUUGUGUUGUGGAGGAUGACAAGGUGGGCGUUGAGGACAUCACCGACGUUAUCGAAGCGUUUGAGGACUACGUCCAGUCGGUGGACAUGACCACCAUGAACAGGCUCUGAGAGAAGCUUUCGUUCGCGAGCUGACCCAGUCCGAAACAGAGAGGGCAGAGUAGAAAGCCCUCAUGAAGUGCUUGCUCAGUUGUCCCUCUCGAAGUUUUGUCUGCAAGGGCACCUUGGUUGUUCGUGGGUGCUUUUUGUCAACAAGGACAACAGUGAAUAGGGCAGGCACGGAGGGAGGGGGGGGGG